CCAUGUUCCUUGCUUCCCGCUUUCUAGCAUUCCGUCACUCAAGCCUCACUGUCUCCAGACCAGAGCGGGUUAUGCGAUUUCUGGGAUUCAGGUGGUGUUUUUCGGUGCAUUGCUCUUCCAGCAUUCCUGUGAGUUUCAUUCGGCUUGCAUUGCAUGUGUCACGUCAUGCAGCCGAAGACUUACCGUAGCCGAAUUCUUGACGCUCUAGCGUCUGACGGAAGGUAUACAUCGAGCAUAUGAGCGGAUAGAAGUUAGGUGGACGCUUGUCGGCGUUAGUUUCUACGUAUUCCGCUAAGCAGCCGUGACAACCGGUCUGAAACAGCUGAAAGCCCAGGCAAGGAGAGGAGCGAUGACUGUCGAACGAUCUAGGUCAAGUGACGACUCGACUCCGCCGGUUCUCGGAUCCCCCCCACUCCUCCAUGACGAGAACCUCCCCGAACCGCUCUUCAUUUUACAACUGGAAGCCGAGGAUCACCUUAAGGCGUACGAGUCUCUGCGCGGCGCAAUUCUCUCGCCCUCGCAGGAUUCCCUCGGGGAGCGAUCGCGGCGGAAGGGGUCUUUUCCGCAAGUCGACGGCGGGAUUACCAUGCCACGGUUUGAAGACGCAUACCGCGGAAACCACCUUCCGCAAUCGCCCCUUAGCGGAAGCCACCUUCCGCAAUCGCCCCGCGGCGGCAAGCCUCGGCGGAGACACGCGGGAAGCCCCGUACCUCGACAUAGGCCCGAUCUCCUCCGCGGGGAUUCUCCGCCCGCGGGGAGUCCCCUGUCGCGCGCCGUCCACGCGCACAGUCCCUUGGGGCGCGCAAGAAUUGCGUCCCCGCGCGCGCUAAGCCCCAGGAAACACGGCGUCUCUGCGGGAAGUCCCCGCGCCACUGUCCCCUUCAAGGCGGCGCACCACCACCACGCGCGGAACGCGCGCCCCGCGCACGUCCUCCGCUUGCCGGACAACCCGCUCCUCGCGGAGAUCUUCUCCCCGCAUUCCUCCGCGGGGCCCAGGGCGCGCGGAUGUGCGGAAUCCUCGCGCGCAAGCGUCACUCCCAGGGACACUGCGCGGCCCCUUCCGGACGACUUCACUGCUGCGCGCAUCCCGGGGGGAGCUCCGCCAUCUCUAGCGGCUGAGAUUCCGCCCACGUUCUGGGAACUGCCCCCGGAACAGCAGCAGCAGGGGCGGGGGGAACUACCGCCGAGAGGCGCAGCAGAAGGGGCGGGCGUUCUGCGCCGAUGGCGCAGCUUCGGGCGGAGGAGUGUCGGCAACGGAAGCAGUAGACUUCAGAGCGGGUGCCACGUGGACGUCGAGACGAACGGCGAUACGACCGUCGAUACGAGCGGCGCAUCUGCGAAAACGUCUGGGGCUGGUGGGGGCAGCGGUGGGAGGGAGGUUCCGCGGAGCCGGCUAGACCUAGCCCAGCCUUUCCGCAUGGUCCGGAGUUUUUCCGCCCGCCUGGAGCGAGUUGAGCCAAAGCCCGACCCUGAAUUGUGGAGCGGAGGCCUGGAUUCUGAAGGGAGCCAGAGUGCUGGCAAAGCAUUUGUUGAAACGCAAGGAGUUGGUCGGCGGGGGGUGCGAGGGACGACAAAGGCGAAGUCUGAGCCGCUGAAGCCGAAGCACAGGAUGCGUGGAUGUGGCCGGGAGGGGUUGUGGGGGCAGGGUGGUGCGGACGGAGGGUAUGGCGGCGUUGCUGAAGGAUGUGCAGGGCCUAGAGGCGAACACGCAUGUGGGGAGGAUGGUAUUGGUCGUGCCGGUCAUGGCGGUGCUGAUGGUGCGGAUGGUUUUGGUGCUGUUCAUGCAUCAGCAGCUGAGGUUGGCAGAGAAAUUGGAUACGCUGCAAAAUUGGAUGCAGCGGUGGGAGGUGAGGAGGAAGAGGAGGUCCACCUAUCACGACCAUCCGUCUUAUCCGUAAUAUCAGCAGCCUUGCAAGGAAGGGGGAGGUCGAGGAAGGAGGAGACGCCUCGAAGGAUAGUCAGGCUGAAUUCACUAUCCAGCGUUUUGCCUGGCAAAUCCACAUACAUCCCAUUGUGAAUCUUCAGGCUGGGUGGCAUGGCUGAGACCCCUACUUCCCGUGUCAGGAGGACCAACCCUCACUGGCACAAUCCCCAGGAGUCAGAGCGUUCCGUUGUAGGACAACUAAAGUAAGGCGUGAUAUGUCAUGUUGUGAUGUUCUUAUAAUAUCGUACAGUAAUCGGGGCAUUAGCCACAAUAAUGGAUUGAAACUAAU